CUUAAAGAUUUACCGUAGGAUGGAUUUCAAGACGCGGUUUGGUCACAUGUCAUCUGAUCAGAACCGCGGAGAGCGCCAGUUUGCUCCUGAGCGCUGCGUCAGGACGCACGGAGAAAACCUGAGAGCCAGCCUCAUAAGCAGCUCUGUCAGGGGAUGCAAAACAACAUUUGUAUAUCAUGUGCUUGUGUGCGAUCACAGGAAACCCAAACCCGCUUUUCCGAUGUGUCGUUUAAUCACCGCAGAGCCUGAAACCCGAGGACUUCUCUCCACGAGGGGACGCGUUUGGAUUUGCGGGCAUGCUGUGAGGAAACCUUUGGGAAUAAAGUGAAAAAUGUCUGGAGAAUAUAUCGACACAAACUACGAGGGCUCGGCAGGGAUAGUCUUUGCUGCAGCCUUCAACUUCAGCUCGUUUUUCAACACCUCCAACAGCUCCGGGGGCGACUUCUCCCACCUGUCGGACUCGGGUAAAGCGGAUUCCGUGGGAGAUGGAGCCGCUGUUGUGAGGAUUAUGGUCUCUGUCAUCUACUCGCUGGUUUGCGCGCUGGGUCUGGUCGGGAACUUGCUGGUCCUGUACCUCAUGAAGUCCAAACAAGUGUGGAAAAAAUCCUCUAUCAAUCUUUUCGUGACCAGUCUGGCGGUGACGGACUUCCAGUUCGUGCUGACUCUGCCCUUCUGGGCGGUGGAGAACGCGCUGGACUUCACGUGGCUGUUCGGCAAAGCGAUGUGCAAGAUCGUCUCCUACGUGACAGCCAUGAACAUGUACGCCAGCGUCUUCUUCCUCACUGCCAUGAGCGUGGCGAGGUACUGGUCGCUCGCCUCGGUGCUGAAGGGCAGAAGGCGGCGGGCGCACUGCUGCUCGGCGCGCUGCAUCACCGUCUUCAUCUGGUGCGUCGCCGUCUCCGCCGCGCUGCCGCACGCGGUCUUCUCCACCACCGUGUCCGUCUCCAACGAGGACUUGUGUCUCGUCAAAUUCCCCGAAAGCAACGGGAGCGCGCAGCUCUGGCUCGGGCUCUACCACUCCCAGAAGGUGCUGCUGGGCUUCGUGCUGCCGCUGGGCAUCAUCACAGCCUGCUACCUGCUGCUGCUGCGCUUCAUCACCUCCAAAAACAUCAACACGUCGAGCGCAAAGCGGCGCGCCAAAGUCACCAAGUCCGUCACCAUCGUGGUGCUGUCCUUCUUCCUCUGCUGGCUGCCCAACCAGGCGCUCACCGUCUGGGGCAUCCUCAUCAAACUCAACGUGGUGAACUUCAGCUACGAGUACUACACCACGCAGGAGUACGUGUUCCCCGUGUCCGUGUGCCUGGCGCACUCCAACAGCUGCCUGAACCCCAUCCUGUACUGCCUGAUGAGGCGGGAGUUCAGGAAGGCGCUGAAGAAGCUCUUCUGGCGGAUGACCUCGCCGACCAUCCGGCCGUUCACAGCCACCACAAAGCAGGAGAUGAACGAGCAGGGUCCCGUCCUGGCGCCCGUCAGCGCGCCCGAGGAGCCCGCCGUGCUGUUCUACCCGCCGGGGGCUGUGAUGUACGACCGGCACGACCUGCCGCAAAACAGCGCUUAGUGUAAAAACUAACAUAAAGUUGUUGUUGUUUGGUUUUUUUA